AUGGAUUUUCAACUCGCAGCUGAUUACCUGCACAACACUUUCACUCUCGGUGAGAAACAACUAGCCAAGGAUUUGUCUGAGUCCUUUUACCUCGAUGAGCUUCCUCGAACUGUCUAUAUUCGUCGGCCGUUCGUCCAGCUAGCCGAGGUCUUUAACGAAGCACAAGUCUAUGUUCAAACUCACACUAAAGAGGAUCUUCGAAGACUGGUUCUCUACUGCGACACUAUUAAUCUUACUGAAGGUCUGGUCAUUGGGUAUAAAGACUCGGAGAAACCCUUUGGCCUGCAAGUCUUUGCUCGCAAGGUCGAGUGUCAGAAUGCCAGUCAAGCCCUCCAUAUGCACUUCUCAGAAGACUGCCAGCUCGAAUUCUACACAUACGAGCUCAAAGAGGGCUUCACCGCGCGCCUUGAGUUCGGUGACGGUUCCAUCAUAAAGCUUCCACUGUCCAUUGCCCCCGAAAGCUGGGGUAUCACUGUCAACUGGGAUGGCACGAAGUUUCUUUUCAUUGACCAUGACUCAACUGCUCUGGACAUGACGACAGCAAAUUACUUGAACAGGAUCAAGAGUGACGGAACCUUGGAAACUGGCAACUUCAUCGAAAACAACGACAAUUUACCCAGGCUCGCUAUGUACCAAUUUCUUGUCGCCGCCACAAUCAUCAAGAUCAAUCCCAAGCUUGCGUUGGAGAUUCUUAAUUGGGUUUGCAAUUUGAGUGCUCAUGAGAGCAGUGCCGCCUUGAACAUACAUGCGUGUUCUCUGCGAAACAGUCUCGUUCUCUCGCAGGAACGAAAGGUCUUCAAUGUGCCUUCUGUUAACAUUUACGCAAGCAGACAAGUUCUCGAAUCGCGACUGGCAGCUAGUACAGCCUUUGAGCAGGCAUUCCAGAAUUUUGCGGCACAGGAGCGAACUUCAGCCGCUGUUCUUGGACAGACUGUGAACCUCAUCGCAAAGAGCGAAGACGCCAUGUCAGAGUACGCAUUUCUCGAGGAUCUUGCUCAGAAAGCCUACUCUUCAGCACAAUCAGCCAGAGAAGUUGCAUUCAACCGGUAUAAUCAGAACAACACAGACUUGGCUCCUCUUCAGCGGGAGUUCAGCAAGGGUCUUGAAGAUUGGUGCACGAAGAAGAAGAUUGAAGCAGCUAAAGCUGUAUUCUCGGCGUGCAUUAGCACUAUUGGGGCGAUUACUGCAACUGUGGCGUCUGGUGGUCUUGCAGCUCCUAUGAUUCCUGCUGCAGCAGGAAAGGCUGUGGAAGCUGCCGAUAAGAUUGCCAAGAUCAUAGAAACCAUCAAGGACGUUAUCGAGAGGAUUAAAGAGAUAUACAAAAAGCUCAAGCCAAUUUUGGAAAAGCUGAAAAAGCUUGCCGAAACGAUCCAGGCUGUAGUCACAGCUCUCAACGCAUCUCAAACACUCCAGGAGAAAACUGCCAUCCAGCGCCCCGAUAUGAGCUUGGAUAUCUACAAUGCUACCGCUUUGUGGGACAUCUUCAAGGAAAAGGUUGACCAGAUCGAGAAGACAGUGGCAACCAUUGAGUUCCCAGCAAAAGAGGAGUAUUUCUUUGCUCUGCGAACGCUGGUCAUCAAUGGCAAGACGUACCUACAGACUCAAGAGAAUUUAUGUCAGCGAGGCAAUGAGCUGGCGAUCAUUCUCUUGAAAGUCAAACUUCAACAUAAGGAGAAGCAACGUCUGACUUUAUCUGCCAAGGCCACGGAGCAACAAGGUGCUGUGCUGGAUCUCCUGAAGAGAGCCAUGUUUGAUCGUCUUCUUUCCAUUAGAUCACUUGUCUUUCUUGAUUUUUACAUGUAUUCGGAAGCUUACAUGUUUCAUGCGUUGACUGAUAAACCGCCUGUUAACAUUUCACCUGUCAAGCCGGUGCUUGAUUAUCUGGAAGACGCUGCUAGGUUCCAAGGUAAUGUCGCGGCCUUCGGAUCACGAGUCAUGGUGCAGCAGCGAAGGUUCAGUAUCUUGACUUGCGGUGAUGCUGUCAACACUUCGAGCUUGAGAGACAAGUUGCUCAAGAAUGAGUCUGUCUUUGUUUCGUUGGAUCCAAAGGACGCCAUGUUUGCAGGCUUCUCUCGCAUUCGGGUUUCUAAAGCGCGAUGCUAUCUUGAAGGGGCCUCUGUAGCUCCGGAUUCUGACGCGACAGGCGAGGGUGCUGGUAUUCGACUCUUCCUAAAGACCUCGGGGAGGUUUUAUGACAUUAAUCUCCCUGGAAGAAAGGACGGUGCAGCUCCUUUCAAUGCGUUUGUCGGAGAUGCUCGUGCCCUUCUUUUUGAGUACAGUGUUAAAGAUCGGUCGAUCAUCUGCGAUGGAGAGUACGGGCAAAAUCUGGAUUAUACAAGACAAAGCCCUUUGACUGAAUGGGAGCUAUCGAUUGGUGCCGGUGGAUUGCAGGCGAGGGAUCUUGACUUCACUAAUCUGAAGGGCAUCCGUAUGGAGUUCUGGUGUGAUAUCACUCUGAAGAUCUAA